AUGGACAUCUGCAACCACUGUGCUGAAGACACAGUAGUAACGCAGUCGAUGUCAUCCCCUCGACCUGCAAGGAAGCUAGAAACACCGGCGAGGUCGUGCGUUCCUCAGAACUCCGUGUACUUCCUCAAGACCGCGAAGUGCGCCUCCACAACCUUUUCACAGAUUUUCACCGCGUAUGGACUCAAACACGCCCUGGCCUUCGCUCUGCCCAUCCGCUACGGACUGCUACCCAUAUCUCCAAAGGUUUUGUCGCCUGAGUACCAUGGGGCCCCCGACGGCCGAUACCACAUGGUCGUGUCCCACACGCAGUUCAACAAGAAGGGAACAGAACAGGUGAUGAAGGAAUCAGCCAAAUAUGUUGCAACCAUCCGAGAACCAGCAUCACGUUUUGAGUCUAUGUGGUAUUUCGGAAACUAUGAAAAGGUCAAAGGUGAAGUACUUAGCAAGGCAAAAUGGCUGAAUGACAGCUUCGACCUGGUGAUGGUUGCCGAGAGGUUCGACGAGUCGCUGGUCCUUCUGAAGCACCUCAUGUGCUGGAACACCGAGGACGUCGCUUACGCCAAGGCCAAGGUUCGGAGGCCCACUUACAGGGCCGAGCUCUCGGAGGCGCAGAAGAACAGGCUUCGGCAGCUGAACAGGCAGGAUACUAUUUUGUACAAGUUCUUCAGGGAAAUCUUCGAGGAGAAAGUCAAGGCCUUCGGCGAGGAAAGGAUGCAGAGGGAAGUCGAGGAACUUCGCCAAGCGAACGCUCGACUCAUCGACGACUGUGGAGCUGAACUCACUGGGACAAGAGGGACUGUGAAAAUGUGGAAAGUAACGGACAACUCGAACAUUUGUAAAAUGCUUUCAAUGGAUGGAGUAAAUGUACAGAACUAG